CGCGCCCUCCCCGGAGCCCGAGGCGCUCAGCCGCGGGGAGGCAGAGAGUAAGCCAGGUGGUGUAGAGAGUUUUAAGAAAAGUACAGGCCAAUUCGCCGCUCGGGACACCUACAUCCCGCGCCGAGGGGUUGGGGUGCUUGGAUUCGAACCACUUGUGCAGCUCCAUAUCCCCCUUUUGCUAACGCAGGCCUGGGGAAGCAGCAGGUGGUGGCCUGCCCACGUGGGAGACCCGCUGUGGCUGUUGCAGGGGGAUGGAGCAUCUGUCUCUGCUGUAGAAUACCUAAAGCAUACAUAUACACAGAUAUGUAAAUCCAUCAUCCUGCCGGUGUACAAUGCCGAGCCCUGGUUGAAUGAGUGUUUGAAGUCUGUUUUGCAGCAGGAUUUUGAAGGGACCAUGGAACUCUCAGUCUUUAACGAUGCCAGCCAGGACAGGUCUAUGGCCAUCAUCGAGAAGUGGAAGGAGAAGCUGGAAGACGCUGGGAUCCAGGUGGUUGUUGGAGGACACAGUUCCCCUUCUCCCCGGGGAGUCGGAUAUUCUAAAAAUCAAGCCAUUGCGCAGAGCUCAGGAUCUUACCUUUGCUUUCUGGAUUCGGAUGACAUGAUGAUGCCACAGAGGGUGAGGCUGCAGCAUGAGGCCGCCACCCAGCACCCUAGCAGCAUCAUAGGGUGCCAAGUGAGGAGAGAUCCCCCGAACUCCACUGAGCGAUACACACGUUGGGUCAACCAGCUGACACCUGACCAGCUCCUGACACAGGUCUUCACCUCCCAUGGCCCCACAGUGAUCAUGCCCACAUGGUUCUGCUCCCGUGCGUGGUUCUCCCAUGUGGGCCCAUUUGAGGAGGGCGGGCAGGGGGAGCCCGAGGACCUGCUCUUCUUCUACCAGCACCUCAGGAAGGGUGGCGGGGUUGUACGUGUGGACCAGGACCUCCUUCUCUACCGCUACCACCCACAGGCGGCCACUCACUCCAUCCUCGAGACGACCAUCUGGACCCACCGCGUGCACUUCCUGGAGGAGCGGGCCCUGCCCCACUGGCCCACCUUCACCAUCUGGAAUGCGGGCAAGCAGGGGCGCAGGCUGUACCGCAGCCUCACAGCUGCCAACAGGCACAAGGUGGUCGCCUUCUGUGAUGUGGAUGAGAACAAGAUCAGGAAGGGCUUCUACUGCUACGAGGAGUCUCAGGAAAGGCCCCGGCCGCGGGUCCCAAUCCUGCAUUUCCGAGCUGCCCGGCCCCCCUUCGUCAUCUGUGUGAAGCUGGUAAGUGUGAGGGCACCGUGGGCGCUGCUGCAUCUAGACACGAUUGUGAGGCAGGGAGGACCUCAUUUAGGGAGCACGGGUUGGGUCUGCUUGGCCACAGUCAUCCACAGCUUUGCUUUAGGCUAGCUCUGGUCCCAUGUUCACCAGGACACCAGGGCUAAGACAGCUGGACAUUGCUGGAGGCCUGCGAAGCCUCAGGCUGCUUUUCCUGCUGUAUGCCUAAUUAUCCCAGCCCCUCUCCCGUUUGCAGGAAUAGCGCCAUGUGCACAGGCAGGGCCCGGGCUGGCUUUGCCCUGGGCUUCCCGUGUCCUGCACCAUUACUGCAGUUUCGUAUAGUGAUUGGUGGUUGACAAU